AUGCCUUUGGCAGGUCGUUGGUUUGCAGAGAACGGUUUGUGGAGUGUAGCUGCUGCCAUACUCGCCGUCUUGCGCAUCGAUCAUGCCAAAGACUCAAACGGAGACAGGAUUGAGGUGAAGCCAGAGUUCUCCACUGGUGUAGUUAUUCACCCUGAACCAUUUCACUGCUCGUUUGAAGUCGUGAACACAACGAGAGAAGCACACAUCCGAGCGAUGAUGAAUUCGAAGUAG